CCAUGCAAUUGGACUGUACACGUAUUAUGCAGCCUGAGCUAAGCUCCAACUCCACUCCACAGUCCUUGCUUGCUUAGGAGUGAUGAAGAAACCAACACCAUUUCCAAUAAAAUCACCUCAUUAAAAUCUUUCCCUAUUCCUUAGCCUCACGCUUCUCCCGUUGCUUUUUUUUUUAAUUCGCUUUUCAGAAAUCAAAUCAAAUCUGAUCUGAUCCUUUUUUUUUUCUGUUCAUUUUUUCAAAAGUUAAAUUUCAUUUCAUUUCCAAUUAAAAUCCAGAAGAAUCAGAAAGUAUAGGAAGUGAUGAUGGCGGCGUAUUACACAAUUUCAGGAACUCGUUUCUCGUGUCCACCGUCGCCGCCGUCUCUUCUUCAUAAAUCUCAGUUAACCGCUUUCCGUGGCAGCGCCGGCACUACUUCUAGCCUUUCUUUUCCGUUUUCUCGCAAGAUCUUUGCUGGAAAGUCCUCGUCGUUUGAUUCGGACUCUUCUUCUAAUAUAACAGUUACUACUGCAUCUAAGAAAGUAUUGGUACCAGGUGAUGGUGAGAUUGAUAGUUCUUCUCCUACUUCAAUAGAUCAAUCAGAACUCACUGAUACUGACUCAGUAACAGAACCAGAAGAAGGAGAAUCUCAGGUGCUUAAUGAUGUAAAUAUGCUCACUAUGGAAAAUGAUGAGAAUACUGAGGAUGAAAUAGGACAGGUAAAAUCUUCUCUGCCUGAAACAGUUAGCAUUGGGGAAAGUGAACCUAAACCAAGGCGCAUUCCUCCACCUGGUCGUGGACAAAAAAUAUAUGAAAUAGAUCCAAGCUUGACAGGUUUUAGUCAGCACCUGGAUUACCGGUAUUCACAGUACAAAAGGUUGCGUGAAGAAAUUGACAAAUAUGAAGGUGGUCUUGAAGCUUUUUCUCGUGGAUAUGAAAAAUUUGGUUUCACACGCAGUGAAACAGGAAUCACUUAUAGGGAAUGGGCACCUGGAGCUACGUCAGCUGCAUUGAUUGGAGAUUUUAACAACUGGAAUCCAAAUGCAGAUGUUAUGACUCGGAAUGAAUUUGGUGUCUGGGAGAUCUUUUUGCCAAAUAAUGCAGAUGGUUCACCAGCUGUUCCUCAUGGUUCCCGGGUGAAGAUACGUAUGGAUACUCAAUCUGGCAUCAAAGAUUCUAUUCCGGCUUGGAUUAAAUUCUCAGUGCAGGCACCAGGUGAAAUACCAUACAAUGGCAUAUACUAUGAUCCACCAGAAGAGGAAAAGUACGUGUUUAAACAUCAUCAGCCAAAAAAACCAAAAUCACUUAGGAUUUAUGAAUCGCAUGUUGGAAUGAGUAGUACGGAACCAAAAAUUAACACAUAUGCUAACUUCAGAGAUGAUGUGCUUCCUCGAAUCAAAAGACUCGGUUACAAUGCUGUUCAAAUCAUGGCUAUUCAAGAGCAUUCAUAUUAUGCUAGUUUUGGGUAUCAUGUAACAAAUUUUUUUGCACCCAGCAGCCGGUUUGGAACUCCUGAUGACCUGAAAUCUCUGAUAGAUAAAGCGCAUGAGUUAGGCCUGCUUGUCCUCAUGGAUAUCGUUCAUAGCCAUUCAUCAAAUAAUACGCUGGAUGGGCUGAACAUGUUUGAUGGUACUGAUGGUCACUACUUCCACUCUGGAUCUCGGGGUCAUCAUUGGAUGUGGGAUUCUCGCCUAUUCAACUAUGGAAGCUGGGAAGUACUAAGGUAUCUUCUUUCAAAUGCAAGAUGGUGGCUCGAAGAGUAUAAGUUUGAUGGGUUCAGAUUUGAUGGUGUUACUUCAAUGAUGUACACUCACCAUGGAUUGGAGGUGGGUUUUACUGGCAACUAUAAUGAGUACUUUGGGUUCGCAACUGAUGUGGAUGCUGUGGUUUAUUUGAUGCUUGUAAAUGAUAUGAUUCAUGGUCUCUUCCCUGAGGCUGUCACCAUUGGUGAAGAUGUUAGUGGGAUGCCAACAUUUUGCAUUGGUGUUGAAGAUGGUGGUGUUGGAUUUGAUUACCGUCUCCAUAUGGCCAUUGCAGAUAAAUGGAUUGAGAUGCUUCAGUUGAAGGACGAAGAGUGGAAAAUGGGUGAUAUUGUGCACACGCUUACCAAUAGAAGGUGGUCGGAAAAAUGUAUUUCUUAUGCUGAAAGUCACGACCAAGCUCUUGUUGGCGACAAAACUAUUGCAUUCUGGCUAAUGGACAAGGACAUGUAUGACUUUAUGGCCCUCGACAGACCCUCUACUCCUCUCAUUGAUCGUGGAAUAGCAUUGCAUAAAAUGAUUAGGCUUAUUACCAUGGGAUUAGGUGGUGAAGGAUAUUUGAAUUUUAUGGGAAAUGAAUUUGGACACCCUGAGUGGGUCGAUUUUCCAAGAGGCGAUCAACAUCUUCCCACUGGUGAAGUAAUUCCAGGGAAUGGUAACAGUUACGAUAAGUGUCGGCGUAGAUUUGAUCUAGGUGAUGCAGAUUUUCUAAGAUAUAGGGGAAUGCAAGAAUUCGAUCAGGCAAUGCAGCAUCUUGAAGAAGCCUAUGGUUUCAUGACUACCGAGCAGCAAUAUAUAUCACGGAAGGAUGAAGGUGAUCGGAUCAUUGUUUUCGAGAGGGGAAACCUUGUUUUUGUCUUCAAUUUUCAUUGGAAUAGCAGCUAUUCGGAUUACCGAAUUGGGUGCUUAAAACCUGGAAAGUACAAGAUUGUCUUAGAUUCAGAUGAUACCUUGUUUGGAGGCUUCAACAGGCUUGACCAUAAUGCCGAAUACUUUAGCAUUGAAGGGUGGUAUGAUAACCGGCCUCGAUCCUUCAUGGUGUAUGCACCAAGUAGAACAGCAGUGGUGUAUGCUUUAGUGGAGGAUGAUAAGGAAGGGACUGAAGCGGAAUCUGUCGAAAGCUGAGAUAGAUCUUAACAUUCUUUACAGAUUUUACGUUGGAUUCUCAGCACUUUUCCGUGUAAAAAACAGCGAAGGGGAAAUGAAGAAAGAUUUGUGCCUGAUUGCAAAGCUGUGCGGAUCAUCGGGAGAAUUUGAGCUUUUAUAGCACUUUUUUCCUGCGGCGUUCUGUAAAUGCUUUUUUUGUAGUAUUUGGCAAAGCUGAAUUAGGGCGAGUUUGGAUGCUACCUGGAAAAUUUUGUGUAUAGACACCAGGACAAGGGGGAUUGUAUUAGUACAACUGCAAUGUAAAAUAAUGGCUCACCUAAUAAGCAGCAAACUUGUCUAAUCUUCUUCAAAAUGAAGGUUAGCUGAUGGGAUCGCAGCCAUGUCGUUCUGCUGAAAUCUUAGUAAUUGCAGUCGGGGACUCCAUAUAAUAUUGCUUUGAAGCUCAAGCGGCCACGGGUUAACGGGUAAUUUGAAUCGACAGUCUCUCCAUUUCCUUCUCAUGGAUAAUUUUCCCACAACAGUCCUUUAAUUUUCUUCUUGGGUAAUUUGCGCCCGCACUCUUUUAACUUUUUUGUCAGUCUUCAUUUGUCAUAAUAAAAUCCUUCAAGUUCAA